CACACCCUCUAAUCGAACAGAGCCACUGCACUGCACUGCACAUACACCCUCAUUCAUCCACCAGCACACACCGACUGGACCACUGGCAAUCUCUCUCACUUGGAAAAUGCUCUUUUGGGAACUGUGCUUGGUUCUGCUACUUUGUGGCUUUCACGCGAGGGCUAUACCAUCCACUAACAUCAAGAUCACUCAAGCUUUGCCUCUGCAGUUGCCAGAUGCCCCCGAGCCUGCUACUUGCCCCCUCUUCUGGACUGAGUUUGAGGGCAACUGUUAUCGCUUCUUCCCCAUCAAUCGCACCUGGGCGGAGGCAGACCUGUACUGUGCUGAGUUUUCCAACGGCUACCGGUCCGCCAAGCUCACCUCCAUACACAGCUGGGAGGAGAACGUGUUUGUGUAUGACCUGGUGAACAGUCGAAUCCCCGGCAUCCCUACAGACAUCUGGAUUGGCCUUCAUGACCGGCGACAGGAGGGCACCCUAGAGUGGACCGACGGUUCAGCCUAUGAGUACAGCUACUGGGAUGGGAACCAGCCGGAUGAUGGGAUCCACCGGAUCCCAUUAGAGGAGGACUGUGUGGAGAUCUGGUACCGACAAAACAGUGCUCUGAGGUCCUGGAAUGACAACAGCUGUGACAAGGCCUUUCCCUUUGUGUGUAAGAUCCCUACACUGGAUAACUAAACCCCGACCACCACCCGCGGCCCUCAGCUCCCCAGCAGCGUCCAGCUCUUCAUUCAGUGUCUCCCGUCUUGAGGGAGGCCCACACUUGCCGCCCUCCACGUGGACUCCUCUGUUGAUGGGCUCCCUUCCAACCGUUGCUCCUCACUGGAACCUCACAGGACUUCUUUCUCUUUUCCUUUCUUUUCAUUGUAACAAAGCUCCAUGCUCUUCUCUCUACAGACUACCUUAACCCCUUUGGCUCUCCCUGUUGGUAUCUCCCACUGCCUUCACCCCUUUGGCUCACCCUGUUGGUAUCUCCUCCUGCCUUCACCCCUAUGGCUCUCCCUCUCUCUCUCUCUCUCUCUUUCUCUUUGUGGGCACAGCAGCUUCUGUCUCUGUGUUUUUUUUUUCACAGCUCAUCUAUCGCUUCUCUGCUCCAGGCUUCUGUCACUUCUCUCAUCCCCUCUAGGACCACUCUCCUUUUUCCAUCCCCCUCCUCUCCUCUCCUCUCCUCCCCCCAUCCCUUCUUCUCCUAUCCAACCGCGCCCCAUAGGACACAGGGCCAGAGAAUGACACCGUCCUCCAUGCUGCGUGUCCAUCUGGGGUGCAUUUAGACUCCUGAGUCAUCCCAGGCUGCCUUUCCCUCAGCUGGAGCAACUUCCCCACGUGGGGCUACCAGCAAAACUGCUCUCCACUGAUCCUACGCUACAAAGACUGUUAGCAUUUUUUGUUUUGUUUUUUACACUUUCCUGGAGGCGUCACUGCUCUUUUUUGAGUGUGUGUGUGUGUGUGUGUGUGUGUGUGUGUGUGUGUGUGUGUGUGUGUGUGUGUGUGCAUGUGUGUGUGUGUCUUUCAUCCGCCCAUUUUGUCAGUCAAAACAAACGGAACCACAGAGAUGCACGAAGAGGUAAGUCAUUCUCCGGGUGCAGCUGAAGCAGAACGGCUGUGAGGGUUCCACCCCUUCCCCUGUGGCCCAUUCGGAAAAGGAGGACACUUUCUAAUGCAGUUGUGUUUGUGUGUGUGUGUGUGGGUUUGACCUGUAUAAAAAUGCUUGUGUUUUUGAGUGUGUGAGAGUAUAAAUGUUUGUUUGUGUGUGUGUGUGUGUAUGUGUGUGUGUAAGACUGACAGACCACAGUUUUGCAUAAAUCAUGAGAUGAAAUCUUGUCAUGGCUGUGACCUGUUUCAUUUUACAACUCCCCACUUACACGACAUGCAAACCGCAUCCACCCUCUGGCUGAGGAUGGCGUGGAUUUAACUUGAGCUUUUAGGGGUGCCUGUGCUUUGUCUGUGUCCAUCUGCACAAAUUGAUCAGUCGCUGACCUGGAAGGUGAGAGGCAAAGCCAGCAGGGAUUUGUGUUUGCGUUUUACUGCCAGGCUUCUGAAACUCCAGAAGCAGCCUUAAGCCACAGCCUGACACUUGACCUUUGGGGGCUCGGAGACCAUGCAAAUUAACAGCAGAAGAAAAAAAAAACAUUUCUUCUCCU